AACUUUUUAUUGUGGUUUGUCCGUUCGGAGCGCUCCGCAGAACAGUCCUCCCUGUAAGAGCCUAACCAUUGCCAGGGAAACCUGCGCUGGGCGCUCCCUUCGUUACCAGUAUAUAUAUAUUUUUAUUAAUCUGAUUAAUAACUAUUUUCCCCCCAUUUAAUUUUUUUUUAUCCCAGGUGGAGUUGCCGAAGCUGGGGGCACCUGGGGAGGGUGGGGAUGGGAGGGGAGAGGCAGGAAUUGAGGGUAUCUCUCAUUCUCUCUCUCCCUUCCCGACCCUCUGGCCCCCAAGGGGCAGGAGGAAUGCGGGAGCAGGAGUUGAGAUAGGGAGCUGCAGAUGCCUCCGCCCCUCCCUCUCCCAGGCUCUCCCUCCUGUCCUCUUGCAACUCUCCUUAAUUUUAUUUGGGUUUUUUAUGGUUAGGAUUAUUCUUUUUUAUUUUUGAAUUCAUAUAAAGUAUAUAUGUGUGUGUGGAGCUGAGACAGGCUCGGCAGCGGCGCGGAAUGAGGGAAGACGAGAAAGACAGAGAGUGGGAGAGAGAGAGGCAGAGAGAGAGAGAGAGAGGGAGAGUGACAAGCAGCGCCCGGACGUCCUCCCCAACGUCGCCCUCAAUUCCACCGCCUAUGAUCCAGUGAGGCAUUUCUCGACCUAUGGAGCAGCCGUUGCCCAGAACCGGAUCUACUCGACUCCCUUUUAUUCGCCACAAGAGAAUGUCGUGUUCAGUUCCAGCCGGGGGCCGUAUGACUAUGGAUCUAAUUCCUUUUACCAGGAGAAAGACAUGCUCUCAAACUGCAGACAAAACACCUUAGGACAUAACACACAGACCUCAAUCGCUCAGGAUUUUAGUUCUGAGCAGGGCAGGACUGCGCCCCAGGACCAGAAAGCCAGUAUCCAGAUUUACCCCUGGAUGCAGCGAAUGAAUUCGCACAGUGGGGUCGGCUACGGAGCGGACCGGAGGCGCGGCCGCCAGAUCUACUCGCGAUACCAGACCCUGGAACUGGAGAAGGAAUUUCACUUCAACCGCUACCUAACGCGGCGCCGGCGCAUCGAGAUCGCCAACGCGCUCUGCCUGACCGAGCGACAGAUCAAAAUCUGGUUCCAGAACCGCCGCAUGAAGUGGAAAAAAGAAUCUAAUCUCACGUCCACGCUCUCGGGGGGCGGCGGAGGGGCCAAUGCUGACAGCCUGGGCGGAAAAGAGGAAAAGCGGGAAGAGACAGAAGAGGAGAAGCAGAAAGAGUGACCAGGACUAUCCCUGCCUCCCCUCUCUCCCUUCUCCCUCGCUCCCCCAAACUCUCCUCUAAUCACACACUCUAUUUAUCACUGGCACAAUUGAUGUGUUUUGACUUCCUAAAACAAAAUUAGGGAGUCAAGUGUGGACCUGAAAGUCAGUUCUGGACCCCCUCCCUCGCGGCACAACUCUUUCACCCUGCUCCCUGGAUAGCUCUUUCUCGCAUAGUCUGCAGGCUCCUUCCCCCACCCAGGCCUUGGGGGCUCAGUCCCAGAACUCAGACUCCACAAAUUUCCCUCCAAAUGAGGACAUGCCCCCCCCCCACUCCCUUGAGGCCCCCGCUCCGGCCCCAGCGCAGAGAGCAGGCUCCCGGGCCCUGGGGCCUCUGCUCCGGGGCCUCAGGGCCCGGCCUGGCAGCCAGGGAGGGCAGGAGGCCCAAGGAGGGUGCGCCUUGGCUCCCACUAACCCCCAGAGCUUCCCCACAGUUUCUUCCCGGCCCCUCUACCCCAGCAAAUGCCCAGCCCUGGCUAAUUGUAUUUAAAGAAUCCUGGGGGUCAAUAUGGCAUUUUACAAACUGUGACUGUUUCUGUGUGAAUAUUUUUAGCUGUAUUCGUGGUUUCUGUAUUUAUAUUUAUGUUUAGCACCCAUCAAUGUUCCUAUCCCAUUUUCAAAAGGAAAAAAAAAGAGGGAAAAUUACAAAAAGAGAAAAAAAGUGAAUGACGUUUGUUUAGCCAGUAGGAGAAAAUAAAUAAAUAAAUAAAUCCCCUCGUGUUACCCUUCUGUAUAAAUCCGAUCUCUCGAUCCGUCCUCGAAUAUUUAAUAAAACUGAUAUUAUUUUUAAAAGUUUA